AUGUGUGAAUUCAAGAGGAAGAGUCAAGAGGAUGUGGCUCAGCCUAAAUCCUCUGCCGUGGUCCCUCCUGGUGAUGAGGCAGCCGAAGAAAAGUCCACUGCCUCACAAUAUUUCUCCUGUUUCUCCUCUCGAUCUCAGCUCAUUCGUGCUAAUGAGGAUGGAGUUCCUCAAACAGACCAGGUUGUUUCUGGUGUUGAACACUCCAAUGAACGUGAGACUUCCUCACCCUUUCCAUAUAGCUCCUUUCCAUUCCAUCUGGUUGAUGAUCCUAAGCCUUCUGUGUCCUCAGCACACAUGGAGGAGGAAACAGUCAUGAAUGUGUACUAUAUGAAUGUGAAAGUGAAAAGGGGGGUGGCUGUCUUAAGUGACCAACAGGAAAGCCUGGAGCCUCCCACCAAGAAAACAAAAACAGAAAAUAAGACCUUUUCUGAAGAGGAAUAUCCAAGGGCCCAAACACCCGAAUGGCUAGUGACCCCAAAAAGUGGGUACAAAUGCAUGGCGUGCUGCCGGGUCUUCCACAGCUUGGAGGUCCUCCAGGAACAUGUGAAGCAUGGAGUCCGUGAGGGCUUCAGCUGCCGUGCUUUCCAUCUGUCCUUGACUUUGCUGAAGAGCAAGAAAAGGGUAGAGAAGGAAAAGAGUAGGCAGACGAAGAAUACUAAGAAUACUGGCACAUAGAUGCCAGAAAGAAAAAAAUUUUGGCAUGAAGUUGUCUUCAUACAAAUAAACACAACUCUUUCCAGCCCCUCCAAGAGAAGCAGUAGAGAAGGUCAGACUCUACUGAGGGGGGCUUCAUCUUCUCUAAGCAGCGCUAGGACCCACCUUUAUUUAUGCACAUCUCCCACCACCACCACUCCCAGCACACCACCACCAGGAGCAGAGAACCACUUUCAACUAUCUCCACUGCUCUCCCAAGGAGGGAGAAGAAGGCAGUUCACACCAUGCAGAACAGCAAGAUGGUCUCAUACAAACUAAAGAGCAAUGACCACCCACUUAUCAUCUCUACCUGAAAAAAGGAGACUCACUGGAAGGGGAAACUGCUGGGGGCCAGAUUGUAGAAGAGCAACACAGACCCAUUGGCCCAAACAUUUCAAAUGAUGGUGUCCUGCACAUCCCUGCAGUCUGAUGGGAGCACAGAAGUUCUCCUGAGCCCCCUAGCAUCAAGGGAUGGCUGGCUGAAGAUAGAUACAUCUGAUACUCUGCAGCUGCUCCCAGUUAACCUGGUAAAAUGCGGUGCCCAGUUCUGGAGAAAACCACCUAGAGC